AUGAGGACACGUCGUUGCACUCUUGAUUCUCGUUCAUUUUUAUCAGAUAAUGAAAGUAGGGAUACGUUACCUUCAACAUCAUCUGUUAAUUCAUCACUACUACCGCUAUCGGCAGCAGCAGCAGCAGCAGCAACAACAACAGUCGUAACACCAGGAGAUCUUACAGGACUUCCAUUAUUAAAAUCUAAUGUUUGGGAAUACUUUGAACGCUGCAUUAAUGUCACUCGUUUAAAAGCUAAAUGUUUAUUAUGUGCAGAAGAAUUAUUAACACCUAAUUAUCGAACAUCAAAUCUUAAACGUCAUUUAGCUCAACGGCAUAAUCUUAAACAGUUUGGUUCAAUUUUAUCGUCACGCUCAUCUACAACCACCGUUAUUUUAUCAAAAAUAGAGAAAAAAAGUUAG